AUUUUGUUUUCAUCUGAGGAAAAUAAAGUUGGCUUUUUGCGUGGACCCUCAUCAUGUUUCAACACCGAGCCUGUGUGAGGGAUUGGAUUAGCUGCUGUAGAAGCGGGCGGGGCUCAGUGCUGAUCCUUCUCUGCUGUUGCUUGGUGGCCCUGGCAGCACGGCCCCGGGGUCCCGGCCAUACCCACUUGAACUCCAUCCGCAUCGAUGGGGACAUCUCGCUGGGGGGGCUGUUCCCGGUGCACGCCCGCGGCAGCGAUGGCAAGGCCUGUGGGGAGCUGAAGAAGGAGAAGGGCAUCCAUCGGCUGGAGGCCAUGCUGUUUGCGCUCGACCGCAUCAACAACGACCACGAGCUGCUGCCCAACAUCACGCUGGGCGCGCGCAUCCUGGACACCUGCUCGCGGGACACCCACGCCCUGGAGCAGUCACUCACCUUCGUGCAGGCGCUCAUCCAGCGGGACGGCAGUGACAUCAAGUGCCUCAGCGGGGGCCCCCCCAUCGUCUCCAAACCUGAAAGGGUGGUGGGGGUCAUCGGCGCCUCCGCCAGCUCUGUCUCCAUCAUGGUGGCCAACAUCCUGCGGCUCUUUAAGAUCCCGCAGGUGAGCUACGCCUCCACCGCGCCCGAGUUGAGUGAUAACAGCCGCUAUGACUUCUUCUCGCGGGUGGUGCCUCCGGACACCUACCAGGCGCAGGCCAUGCUGGACAUCGUGAAGGCCAUGCGCUGGAUCUACGUCUCCACCGUGGCGUCCGAGGGCAAUUACGGCGAGAGCGGCGUGGAUGCCUUCAUCCAGAUGUCCCGUGAGGAGGGUGGUGUGUGUAUCGCCCAGUCGGUAAAGAUCCCCCGUGAACCCAAACCUGGCGAGUUCGACAAGAUCAUCUUCCGGCUGAGAGAGAACCCCAAUGCGCGGGCGGUUAUCCUCUUUGCCAACGAGGAUGACAUCAGACGGCUUCUCCAAGCUGCCAAGAAGGCCAAUCAGACGGGUCAUUUCCUGUGGGUGGGGUCAGACAGCUGGGGGUCAAAGAUAGCUCCGGUGCUGCACCAGGAGGAUGUGGCAGAGGGGGCGGUGACCAUCCUGCCCAAACGCAUGUCUGUCAGAGGCUUUGACCGGUACUUCAUCAGCCGCACCCUGGACAAUAACAGGAGGAACAUCUGGUUUGCUGAGUUCUGGGAGAAUAACUUCCACUGCAAGCUGAGCCGGCAUGCGCUGAAGAGAGGCUCCGGCGUCAGGAAGUGCACGAACCACGAGCGGAUCGGGAAGGAUUCGUCCUACGAGCAGGAGGGCAAAGUGCAGUUUGUGAUUGACGCCGUCUACGCCAUGGCGCACGCCCUGCAUAACAUGCACAAGGAGCUGUGUCCCGGCCAAGUGGGGCUCUGUCCCCGGAUGGACCCGGUCAACGGCACCACCUUACUGAGGUUCAUCCGCAACACCAGCUUCGCAGGAAUUGCUGGCAAUCCAGUGCUCUUCAAUGAAAAUGGUGACGCGCCUGGUCGCUAUGAAAUCUACCAGUAUCAGAUCAGGAACAACUCUUCCGAGUACCGAAUAAUUGGCCACUGGACUGAUCAGCUCCAUUUGAACAUCCAGGCGAUGCAAUGGCCGGGCGGAGUCCGGCAGGUGCCCGCCUCCAUCUGUAGCCAGCCGUGCCGCCCGGGCGAGCGGAAGAAGACGGUGAAGGGAACCCCCUGCUGCUGGCAUUGUGAGCGCUGCGACGGCUACCAGUACCAGGCCGACACCUACACCUGCAAGAUGUGCCGCUUCGACCUGCAGCCCAACGAGAACCACACAGGCUGCCGGCCCAUCCCCAUCGUGACGCUGGAGUGGAGCUCACCCUGGGCGCUGAUCCCCGUGUUCAUCGCUGUGCUGGGCAUUCUGGCCACCCUGCUGGUGGUGCUCACCUUCAUCCGCUACAACGACACACCCAUCGUCAAGGCGUCAGGCCGCGAGCUGAGCUACGUGCUGCUGACCGGCAUCUUCCUGUGCUACGCCACCACCUUCCUGAUGAUCGCGGUGCCCGAUGUGGCUGUCUGCUCUCUGCGCCGCAUCUUCCUGGGGCUCGGAAUGAGCAUCAGCUACUCCGCCCUGCUGACCAAGACCAACCGCAUCUACCGCAUCUUCGAGCAGGGCAAAGUGUCGGUCAGUGCCCCGCGCUUCAUCAGCCCCUCCUCUCAGCUGGUCAUCACCUUCAGCCUGAUCUCCGUGCAGCUGCUGGGCGUGUGUGUCUGGUUUGGUGUGGCCCCCUCCCAGGCGCUGGUGGACUACAAGGACCAGCGCACCGCUGACCCCGCCCUCGCCCGCGGCAUCCUCAAGUGCGACAUCUCGGACCUGUCGCUCAUCUGCCUGCUGGGCUACAGCAUGCUGCUGAUGGUCACCUGCACCGUCUACGCCAUCAAGACCCGCGGCGUCCCCGAAACCUUCAACGAGGCCAAGCCCAUCGGCUUCACCAUGUACACCACCUGCAUCGUCUGGCUGGCCUUCAUACCCAUCUUCUUCGGAACCUCGCAGUCUGCUGAGAAGAUGUACAUCCAGACGACCACUCUGACCAUCUCCGUGAGCCUGAGUGCCUCGGUGUCGCUGGGAUUGCUUUACAUGCCCAAGGUGUACGUGGUGCUCUUCCACCCGGAGCAGAACGUGCCCAAACGCACACGAAGCCUGAAGGCCGUGGUCACCGCCGCCACCAUGUCCAACAAGUUCAAUCCCAAGGCCAGCCUGCGGCCCAAUGGGGAGGCCAAUACCGAGCUGUGCGACAGCCUGGAGACGCACGCACUAACAACCAAGCAAACAUACAUCAGCUACAGCAACCAUGCCAUAUAGAAGGGACAAGCCAUCUCCAGUGAAUAGGACUCGCAAAUAGGACAGCAUUUACGCUGAGGCGCAGUGACAAAAAAGCAGUGGGCAAAAAGGAAGAAAUGUCCCUUGGGGAAA